UUCCGUUUAUGUCACAUAAACAUUUAGUAUAUGCGUGCAUAAACACGACUGCAAUGAUUGAAGCUGCCUUUGUAACUUUCCCAUUAUAUAAUUUAUAACAAAAAUAAAAGUAUAUCGGCAGAGACAGGAUUCAAUAAAUCUGACAAACAUCAUAACCGAAAUUAAUAAAAAACGAUGGAAAACUUAUUUAUAACUUACAAACUCAUAUCUUGAAUACAAAAGAUCUGCUUCAGUUAAUUUAUUUGUAGAAAACCAAGCGAUCUGCAAAGGACUAAUACAUCAAGAGACUGAGUUAAAUUGGAAACAUGCAGAUGACAUCUAUUUGUAUAUUUACAUAUCUUCUCUUUGAUGGUGUCACCGCUACAGUAGAUUGCAACGAGGUGGCCAGAAAGUAUUGUCCUGGAACUUUUAAUAAGUAUGUGAAACAUAAUAACAACUGCAGUUUAUUCUCGAAGUUUCAUAAGUGUUUUGAUGGCCGCGACCGUUAUUGUUCCUCAUAUUUUCAAUUCCACUCUAUACACAAAUGCGCGAUGCGAUCACAAAGCUGUAGUAAGAGAAAUCACAUGACGUUUUUCUCAGCGUUCAUUUCCGCAAGUGUUCUUAACACGCUGACGAAUAUUUGAAUAAAUUGUGUGAUGUUAUAACUGAA